UUGACGAAUGUUCUUUGUUGGCCUCGAGAUGCGCUUAAAACGAUGGCCGGAGGCAAUUGUAUUUCACAAUAAUUAUCUUUGAUUGAAAUAUAAUUGGCAAUUAUAAUUUAUAACUAAAAUUUCUGUAAUCAUAUAUACAUAUAAAUAAUUACAAAUGUUAAUACAAUGUACAACAAUGCAAACAAAAAGAAAGAUAAAUCAAAGUUUCUCCGAUUAAAUUCUUCUCCUGUUUUUCUCAAAUAUCUAUUAAUUUUUUUUUCCAUCGAAGAGAUUGAAAUUCAAUAUAAUAAACAAGUGCAAUUGCAUCUGCUCGAGGCCAGGCUGUGGUCAAUUGAGAAGUGUAGAAUUUCAUACCUGGUCGAACGUCUGUCCUCCUUUUUUAACACCUCAAUGUUCGAAGCUUGUAAACGUGAUCUCAUUACCGAAGGUUUCUAGUCCGUAGUCUCGUUUCGGAUUUCGUUGCAUGAGGAUGGAGCGAUGGGCCGGAAAGGUAGCUGUGGUAACCGGCGCCAGUGCCGGGAUUGGUGCAGCAAUCGCACGAGAUUUCGUUAAACAAGGUAUGAUAGUGGCAGGCUUCGCGAGGAGAGUGGAGAAAAUUAAGGAAAUUGCUGAUAGUUUGAAGGAUUCCUCGGGAAAACUUUAUCCCGUGGAAUGCGAUGUUUCUAAGGAGGACAGCGUAGUCGCGGCUUUUGCAUGGGUAAAGGAUAAUCUCGGAUCAAUAAGCGUCCUUGUGAACAGCGCUGGUAUUACCAAGGAAUCCUCUCUCAUAGAUGGUACUUUGGAGGACUGGCAGUCAGUGUUCGACGUGAACGUCUUGGGACUUUGCCUCUGCACGCGCGAGGCUGUACGCAUAAUGCGUGAGACGGCAGCUGAAGAUGCCAUCGUGAUUCACGUGAACAGUUUGGCUGCCGAGAGAGUACCCUUUAUCCCGGGAUUCAGCGUAUAUCCGGCUUCAAAGCGUGCCAUCACUGGCCUCGCCAUGACCCUGCGACACGAGCUUGCGGGCACGCGUAUACGCGUUACUACCAUCAGCCCUGGCUUGGUCGCGACGGAAUUCAUGGCUUCCUACAGCAUGUUCUCACCGGAAGCGAUGGCGGUGGCGCCGGCUUUGAAUCCGGACGAUGUUGCAGCGGCGACAAUUUACGUGUUAUCUAAUCCUCCUCACGUUCUAGUAUGUCACAAAUACAAGAUGUUGUGCUGAGACCUUUGGGCGAAUCGUGGUAAUCAGUUUUCAAAGGGAUUAUAUAUUAUUAUAUUCAACCAACUACAUACAUAUAUAUAUAUACGAAACAUUAAAUGUAAUUAUUUAUUAUAUUUAAUGCAAUUAUUAUUAUAUUAUUAUUAUUAUAAAACAAUUGCGCUUUUUACAAGCUUUUCACAAAGUCAGCUAAAGAAAGCGACUUUAUUUACACCUCUCUUUUUAUUUCUUCUCCGAAUAAUGACGAUCUAUUUCUGCAUGUUAAAUCGAUCGAAAAGUUUGCUUGUGUUAAUAAGAAUUAAAUAAAUGUGUAAAAAAA